AUGUUUAAACCAAAAAAUUAGAGAGAUCAAUAAUAACAGCCAUUUUAUUUGAGUUGGUUUACAAAUUAGGGUGAAAACCUGAAACGUGGAGGUACAGCACCAAACCAAUCUCGAAAGGAUAAAAUGCCUUUUAAGAGUCCAUAUUAACAACCUUUGAUUGCUGUUGCACAUAAUGUUCCAAACCCAUACUUAAAGACUAUAUCACAGCCAAAAAGUUAUCAAAAUAAUAUCUAGCAGAUUUCGAAGAUUUAUGCAGGUCAAUUUUAAGGCACAGUAAAAAGAAGAAGUCUUGAAAAAAGAUAUGAUGAAGGUCCAAAGAGUGGCAGAGGAUCAUUCAAACCAUCCAGGACAUUCACUUAACAAAUUUCAAGGCCCUUUCGCUUUUCAGAGUAGCAACAGAGUAGACCAUAGACUCAAUAAAUGAAUACUUUAGAACCAAGGUUAAAUUGUGAGAAUUUGGUAGUGGACAAUAACGAUGACGAGCAGCUGACUCCUCGAGAAUAGGAGGAAAUUGAAAUAGUUGAUAUCGAUAAUAAUGAUGAUUAUUCAAAUUAAUCAGAUGAAGCUGAAAGCGAUGAACAUUAAAACUUUUAAUUGCAUACUUAACAAUAGGAAGAAUAAGAAAUUCAAAAAAACGCAUCUUUUGUACACAAAUAAUCUGAAGAACCAAUUGCAAGUAUGAGAAAAGCAACCGCUAGUCUUAACAGGCCUUAAACAUCUGAAGGUGUAAGAAGGAAAAGGUUCAUGAAUUCAGAUAAAAAUGAGUCUAAACAUGCCUUUGAAACAAGGCAAUCAGACUUCGGACUCUUAGAUUACGAACCUAAUGUUAUCUAAGAAGAUGAUUCAGAAAAUCAAGAAGUUAUGCCAAUAAUAUUGAAUUAACUGAAUUCUCCUAAAGAAUUGCUCUCAAUACGUUCUGGAUAGAGGAGAAAGUAAACAGAAUAGAAUUAGAUGGAAAAUUUUGAUAAAAAUGAAAGACCCCCUUCCAGACAUAAAACACCUCCAAAGGCAACCGGAUUAGAAUUGCCUAUUUAAUCAGGCAAUUAGAAUGCUAAUAGGGAUGGCAUUGAAAUCCCUAUUAAGAAUAUGUAUGCUCAAAUCGAUGAAUUAGGCAAUGCAAAUAAUAUGGGUAUUAUAAAAAAUAAUGAUGAAUUUGAUGAUUUUGAUCUGGGAUUCAUCAAGAUGAAUAACAAGGUCAAUGUCAACAAAUUUCAGCAAAGGGAUGGAUAUCAAACCGAUGAUGGAAAAAAAUAAGUUUCUGAAUAAAAACACCCCUAGUCUGCUAAUUUAAAGUAUAAUGGAUUGGGAUUCCAAAAUGUGUCAUACUCUCCUCUUAAUAAUUAAAUUACUUCUGCUCAUGGUUUCAGAGCAAAUGAAGAAUAAAUAGUUAUCAAAUAUAAUGCUAGCUCAGCUUUAAAUAAGAACUAUGGCAACUAAACAGUUAAGGUGCCAUUUCAAACUUCGUUGGGUUAAGACUUUCUAAGAUUAUUUGCUAAUGAUUGAAUUAUCUAAUAUUUUUAUUAUAAAUAUACAGUUAUUAUACUUUAAA